AUGUCGUUCGAGUUGAGCACAACCUUGCUUGCCAGGCGAGUUGAGAACAUGUACGAUGCUGAGCCGAGCUGGGCACCAUCUGUAGAAACUGCUGAGGGAGGUGUGGCACUGGUACUGGAUAGCGAGCUGGAUGCCAGUACCGAUGCUGAUGCAGGCGGCACUGAUGAUGUCAAGGGUACUGUGGGUGACGACCAUGACGAUGGUGUUGAUGACACUUGUGGUGAUGUCGGGCUUGACCAUUCUCCAGGAGCAGGGCUUGGUGACCAGCUACUAAAUGCAGCAGUAGACCAUUCUGAGGGCUCUGACGAGGUCGGCAGCGAUAUCGUAGUAGCCGGUGUUGGCGAUGGCCAUGAAGCAAAGGAAUCGACUACCGAAGGCGUUGAUGGCGAAGUGGGUGUGGCUGACUCUGCAAGUACACUGGCCCUGUCAACCGACGACGCACUUGUGGACUGCAAACCAAUGACUGAGGUAGGACUUAUGAGGAUGGCCGAGAAAAUGUCAUCCGCUGGCAGAUGCGGUGCUGGUUUGGACCCUGUUGAGCUCGCCAACGCAAUACUAGACGAUGCAAUGGCUGAUGCUGGAUUAGUAGAAUCAACUUGCCAUAUCGGCAGCACCUUCUCAGCACCCACCGAGGAAGGCGCUGGCAUACCCUCGGCUAACGCUGAUGGCGACAUGAUCUGGGCAUCUACACUGGGGCGGACCGAAGCAAUGAGCAAUGGAAUCGAUGUGGUGAUUGGGAACACCAUUGCAAUGGAUCCAAUAGACUGCAGCACCGCAUUCGCAACAGUGCUUACUGCUGAUGCUGACGGCAAGCUUGCAGGCGAGGGCCAGUCCGAACGGAGCUCAGCCGAGGCAGCCAUACUGAUCGGAGUGGGUAGUGAGGAUGUCACUGUUGCUGUUGGUGUGAUAGACACGGGUAGAGCGCUGUUCGUGAUUACAUGUGCACUGAGCGAUGACGAGGCAACAGUUAAGCCAUUUGCAACCAAGGGAGAGGAUGUAGAUGGUGAGGCUGGUGUAAUAGAGAGCGACGACACUGCCGAAGACAUGGCUGAAGAGACAGCCGAGAUUGAACCUGAAGCGUUGAGCCAAGCAAAGGCACCAGCAGACGAACUGGCACCUGCAAAAAGCCCAGGCCAUUUCGAGGUUGUUUCCAGACUACCAGUUGCGCUGAUGCUGGAUAGUGGAGCGGAUGUUGAUGUCGAUGCUGGCAAGGAGGCUGGUGGAGUAGCGCUGAGCCAGCCGAAUAUCCCACCCGACUUCGACCCCGAUGCAGCCAGCGCAGAUGAUGUGGAGGCCGCUGGCGAUGCUGACAAGAACGAUCCAAAGAUACCUGGUACAGGUGAAGAUACCGUGGAUGACAUGGCUGUUGUCGGAGAUGCUGCAGAUACCGAAGCCGAGCUUCCAGGGGUUAGCCAGGCAAAAAGGCUAGGGGAAAUCGAUGUCGACAAGGGAGUGGCAAGCACAGGGAACAUAGCGGGGGCUGUCGACGAUUGGACAGAUGCAGCGGAUGGGGAAGUAGAUGCUGGCGACAGAGACAGACCGUUGAACCAGCCCAACAACGCUGAACUGCUCUGCUGGCUCACCUGGGUACUGGAGCUAUCCAAUAGUGCUGCCUUUGCAGGUUUUAUCAGCGACGAUGAGGCUGCAAGCAACGGGUUAUCCGAAGCUGAGGAAGUAUUUGGCGACGGCGUCGAUGAUACCAAUGAAGCGGUUAGAGCUGGAGUUGAGCCUGCAACAGUUGCAGAUGUAGCGCUAGAUGCUGGCCUUCCGGUGGCAGUCGACAGGAUUGACAGGAUAUCACCAAUAAGUGCCGGUACACUUGAUACAGUAGUGAUUGACGGUGCCAGAGUGGUCGAUACUGAUGCCGACGACUGCGAUGUACCGGUGGUUCCAGAUGUGUCAGAUGUCUGUGAAGCCACUGAAGUCGACGCAGAUGUGCUGGGUGAAGAAUAA